GGAGGUGGUGGAGUAGGUGGGUGUGUUGCCUACACAAGCCACCCUGUUGUUGCUGCUGUCUUCAGCACCAUCCACUGAGGCUGGGAGAGCAGCACUGUUGAAUGCUGGGCUGUAAUUAACCCAUUUUGGAGGCGUACUUUUCGUAUGACGUAUUACUUUUCCUUUCUGCUGGAUGAGACGCUGGCUCUGGUGCCCAGGAUCAGGACCUCUGCCAUCCACAGAGCCACAAAGCAACCGUCAGGACUGAGAGGCAAAAGUUUACAAGUGAAGGAGAUCCAUUUGGUAUCCGAAGAUGAAGAGGUUACUUUUCCUGGUGCUAAUAUCUUUCUGUUGGGCAGAUCACCAUGCCAGGAACUCCACACUUCACCAUGACAGGAUCAUUCAGGUCCAUGAAAAUGGUCCUCAUCUUUAUGUGGAGGCAGAACAAACUAAAGUAAUCUCUUAUCGAGGUGGUAACGCAACAUUGCCAUGCAAGUUUUCACAUGAUUCAGUGACUUCUGGAUCACGUUCUCACAAAAUCCGUAUCAAGUGGACCAAACUGACUUCAGAUUACCUCAAGGAGGUGGACGUCUUUGUUUCAAUGGGACAUCACAAGAGGGUUUAUGGCAGCUACCAGGGAAGGGUUUACCUACAAGGAUCAAGUGAAAAUGAUGCUUCACUUGUGAUUACUGACAUAACACUGGAAGACUACGGCAAAUACAAAUGUGAAGUCAUUGAAGGACUGGAGGAUGAUACCGCCGUUGUGUCAUUGGACUUACAAGGUGUUUUAUAUCCAUAUUUUCCACGUUUGGGCCGCUAUAAUUUCAAUUUUUAUGAAGCAGAAAAAGCUUGUCAUGACCAGGAUUCUAUAAUUGCUUCUUUUGAUCAGCUCUAUGAUGCCUGGAGGUCAGGACUGGAUUGGUGCAAUGCAGGCUGGCUAAGUGAUGGAUCAGUACAAUACCCAAUCACCAAUCCUAGAGAACCCUGUGGGGGCAAAAACACUGUUCCUGGAGUUCGAAACUAUGGCUAUAGGGACAAGGACAAAGGCAGAUAUGAUGUCUUUUGUUUUACAUCAAACUUCAAAGGUCGGUUUUACUACCUAAUACACCCAACAAAGCUUACGUAUGAGGAAGCCGUCCAGGCCUGUAUAAAUGAUGGGGCUCAGAUCGCUAAAGUUGGCCAGAUGUAUGCUGCAUGGAAACUCCUGGGUUACGAUCGUUGUGAUGGGGGAUGGUUGGCCGAUGCCAGCGUUCGCUACCCAAUCUCAAAACCGAGAAGGCGAUGCAGUCCUCAUGAGGCAGCCGUCCGCUUUGUGGGUUUCCCAGACAAAAAACACAAGCUCUACGGUGUUUACUGUUAUAAAGCAUAGAACUGUAGUAACCUAAAACAUGAAACAGUAUUACAAACAUUAAGAACAUGUGAAAAAGAUUUAUUUGAAAACAUGAACUCAUGCAAGCUAUAAAAACUGUGAUAAACCUUUUUUCUUACUGUAAAAACUAUUGUCAUAAAUCCAUGUCAGUGGCUUAGUUGUGUUUAUUUUUUUUUUCAAUCAUAUGUUAAAAUAGAAAAAAAACUAAAAACAUUUAAUUAAGAAUAGUAAUUCAAGCACAUCAACAAUAGUUUCAUGAACGGGCAUGUCGUAGCUUGACAAAUCCUAAAUGUGGAAUGUAAAAUGAUUCCGAAUAGAAAUGUAUAAAGCACAUCAUUUAUUAUUAUUAUCAUAUUUUCUUUUUUCCUUUUUUUUUUUUUUUUUUUUCUAAAUGCACUACCAAGAAGAGAUAUUUCAUCAUCAGGUGCUUGUUUUUAGCAAAAUAGAAAAAUAGCUAGCAUAGUAUUUAAACUGUAUUUGCUUUGUAAUGGUUGUUAGUAUUAUGAGG